UGUGGAUGUUCAAUUUGCCUGUCUGGUCUUUAAGUUGAUUGCUGUGCACAAGAAAUUCAAUUAUUAAUCAUAAUGUCACAAGGAAAAACAAGUCUCCGUUUUGUCACCUGGAACACUCAUGGUAUUAGAAGCCCACCCCAAAAGUUUCCUAAUGUGUUGAGAAGUCUUAGUACUCUUCAGGCUGACAUUGUCUUUAUACAAGAGACACAUGUUGGGCCAGACUGCUACAAAAUCUUCACAGAUAUCAAAGACUGGAAUGUCUACUUUACUGUACACCGCUCUUCCAGCAAAGGAGUUGCAAUACUGAUAAGGAAAAGCAUACCUUUCACUUAUAUAUGCCAUGAUGAGGAUUGUAGUGGAGGUUACAUUGUGCUCUUCUGUCAUCUGUAUGGUGAACUGUAUACUCUUGUUAAUGUGUACAAUCAUAAAGCAGACAAAUUUACUUUGGGUAGACUGAAAGAGUACUUGAUGGAAGUAGGUGAGGGUGUGCUAGUGGUUGGAGGUGAUUUCAACACAGUUUUGCAUCCCUGCUUUGAUCGGAGCCCUCCAUCUUCAAGGAAUUCACCAUUAAGAGAUAUUUUAAAAGACUUUACUGUUUCUCUAAAUCUUAGAGAUACCUGGUCAUACAAACACUUUGCUGAUGAAGGUUUUACACGAUGUCAGAAUGAUAGUCAAUCCAGGAUAGACAUGUUUUUCGUGCGCAAUGACUCCCUGGGACAAGUGUGUAAUAUCACAGUAGAGGCAAAUGAAAUUUCUGACCAUAAUCCAGUUGUCCUGGAACUUGAAGUGCAGAACCUGACUGCAAAUGAAUUUCCAAAAGUUCCUUUGCUUAUUAAAACAGCUAGAUGUCACAGAAAACCCAACAGGAUAGCAGGGAAGAUCAGUGGGGCUGAAAUACUGCAUGCUAUUAAAACUUUGCCUGACUUAAAAGAACAAACACCUGAUCAGAAGUCAGUGAUCUACUAUAAAAUACAUCGAUGUCAAGAGAUAGAAAUCUUAAAGAUGAAUUACAACAACAUGUUAAAGACUAAUUGUGUAUCCGAAGCUUUUAAAGGGUUUCAUCUUUCACAAGACAAACACACCUUCAAUGUAGAAUAUUUGAUUUUCUCUCACAUUGUAGCCAUGCGCCUUAGCGCAUACAUUAUCCCCUAUGUCAAGGAAGUUGUAGAUAGAAACCUUAAGAAAAUUUUCACUCUAACGAUUUACAAAGGUACACAGAAUAUCAGGUUGUCGUUCCUUGAGAUACACCAUACAUUUGCAAAAGAAUUGACAAACAAACUGAGCCCCUUUGCCCCGCCAGCAAAAUUCCGUAUUCUGGAGCACCUUCUUCCAAACGUCCCAGGCUCUUCUGGGGAACUUAAACGUUUGCUGCCUGGCUGUCCCCUCACUAGCACGAUCCUUAAUUUAGCUCUGAAUAAGCUAGAUUGGAUUCUCAAUAGUGAGAUGAAGUGCAUGAGCAGUGUUUGUUUUCAGAGACAGGCUUUGCUUAUACAUGCCCACGAAAGCAAACAGGAGAAAAUUGUCCAGUUAAUUGAGAAAUUUCAAGAAGAGUCAGGAAUUAUAUUUGUAACAACUUGUCACAAAAUAGAUUAAAAUGAUUAAAUUGCACGUGACAUACAGACAACAAACAUAAUCUAACGUAUCUAGCUAGCUAUCUAGCUAAAAAGACAUGCAUAUAGAUAGAUAGAUAGAUAGAUAGAUAGAUAGAUAGAUAGAUAGAUAGAUAGAUGCUGUUCUUUAUGAAUGCAUUUUUUAUGUUAUGUUUUUAAAUUAAUGAUAUGAUAAAACCAUAUGGCCUUUUUACUGGAAUUGAAAAAAAAAAUUGAAAUGCCCCCCAAUUUUCUAAAAUCUUAAAGGAAAAUUGUCCUUUGUUGGGUGCUUCUGGACUAUCAUUAAUACUAAAGUGGGUGACCACUGUCCAUCAGUGAAGCCAUAAUUAUAAAAUGAUUCAGUAAAUAUAUCUAGCUGACAUUACUCAUGUUAUUUUCUAAACUUUAAGAAUAUAUUUAAAUGUAUAUAUAAAUAUACUUAAAUUGUGUUUCUAUUUAAAAUGUAAGAUUUACAUUUUGUGUUUUAUUUACUUGUCCAGUCUUGUCAACUUAUUACAGCAAUUGUAUAGUGCACAAUACAUAACCAGUGGGUAAACCCUUUGUGCAAUUUAAUGCUACAUUCAACUGCAGUUGUUUUCUAUAUUUGUAAGAAAUUUGUCCUCGGUAGACAUGCUUAAUAUAUAACAUUUCUUUCUCAUAAAAUAUUUUAUGUCUCAUUUAAAGUCUAUCUGUUUUCCUUAAAUAUUCUGUCAGGUCCAUACAUAGUUGGGGGAAUAAACAUCAAUUAGAAAGAUAUUUUUAUCUGUAUUUUACUACGUUAUUUCCAUUCCAUCUUUGAUCAAUGAUUGUAAUGUUUUCCUGAAUUUUAUAGACACUGGGUUAUACAUUUACUCAACUUGUAAUCUUUCGAUGUUGAGAUUAAAACAGCUGCCACAAUCACAGUGUGAUGGAGUCAACAAGUUGUUUCCCUUUCAAUGUAUACUAAAUAAACACAAGUCCUUUUCCACUGUGGGAACAUUUUGGGCUCCAUAAAAACAUGCAAAAAAGUGUUUUUUUUUAUUUUUAUUCUUGUCUGAUUCUACAAUACCACCAACUG